CACACACGGUCUGCUUUUAAUGUAACACUCAUGCCAGUCUAACUUUUCGUAAGCUGCUAUAUAACCUUUAUCUAAGAUAUCUCAUCAUAUUACGCUCAUAGUUUGGUAUGAUCUAAUGCACUUGACUUCACUACAAAAUAUGUAAACUCCUCGUCAACUACUCGAGCUCCUCCUUGAUAGAGUGCUAUGCAGGGGUGGUCAUGGACCAAGUUACAUUUAGAAGUGACACUGUUCUGUCUGAUGUGCACCUGCUGUUACCAAACGCUUGCCAUCUCAUGAAGAGACUCAACGGCGUAGGACAGCCAGUCUUCACUUCGAAAAUCAGGAUUUUGCGGGAUUACGAUGAGAAGGACUCAAGUAGUGAUUCACCUGUCCAUGAGAACUCUGAUGCAUCAAAUGUUCCUCGGGAUGAAGAUGGGGACCUGGAUGUGGUGAGGAGGCCCAGAUGCACCACCUGUAACAGGGAUCCAGUAUGUCCUAUCAUCCUCAGUCAAUCUGCAGUGACGCUGACCGACCAGGAUGAAGAUUCUGAGGAGGAGGAUGGUGCCUGUGACAUCAUUAAGAUUGAGCAUACUAUGGCGACGCCUCUGGAGGAUGUAGGAAAACAGAUCUGGCGUGGUGCUUUCCUAUUGGCUGAUUUCAUCCUGGCACAAGGAAGCAUGUUCAAAGGCGCCACUGUCCUUGAGCUUGGAGCUGGAACAGGACUGACCAGCAUUGUCAUGGCAAUGGUGGCCAAAACGGUGUACUGCACAGAUGUUGGUAAAGACCUUCUGAGCAUGUGUCAGAGAAAUGUGACUUUCAACAAGCAGCACUUUGAACCCCAAGAGAGCGAAAUAAGGGUGCGGCAGCUGGACUGGAUGGCAGAUGAUUUCUGCACAGAUGCUGAUUUGGAGUUCUGUUGGACUGAUGCAGAAGUAGCAGACUUACAUGAUAAUACCACAUUUUUGAUGGCAGCAGAUGUGUGUUAUGAUGACGACCUCACAGACGCUCUGUUCAGAACGCUAUAUAGACUUUCCAGCAACAUGCGGCACCCCAGCACAACCUACAUCUCCAUAGAAAAGAGAUUGAACUUCACUCUGCGACACAUGGACGUGUCUUGUGAAGCUUAUGAUCACUUCCGCCACUGCCUAGACCAGUUACAGCAGAUGACAGAUGGAAAGAUGAAUUUCACGGUAGAGCCUGUGAAGAUCUCCUUUCCACAGUUCUUUCAGUAUGAAAGGGUGGACCAACUGGAACUUUGGAAGGUGACAGCAGAAAGACUUUAAUAUGUAACACCACAGGUUUUUAAGUUAUUUUUUAACACCAGGAUUUACAAUGUUUGCAGAAUGAAUCUGUCUUUGUAAUUCCUUUUUUCCUUAAAUGUGAAAUUCAAAGUUCUUAGUUCAAAUUUGCUCUAAUUUUUAGAGUUAGUUUGUGGCAAGUUUUUCAAAGGAUUAUUGGGAGAGUUUAGGGACUAUACUAUUGACAUAUUUUAUGAAAUGCUAAAAACAAACACAUAUUUAUUGUCAUUGAGGCAGUGUAAUAUUACCUAAGCCAAAACUGUGCAAAUUUUUAUUUUAAGACUGAAGAGAAUCCAUGCAUCCUUUUUAUGACCUAAACUGUUGUUCUUUGUAGGUAUUUGCACUUGCAUGCAUUAAAAAAUAUGCAUAACAUCA